AUGAGCGCAGUUCUUACCUCAUCUCUUGGACUUAUGAGGAGAAUGCCUCCUUCUGCAUGUGAAAAAAACCUCGCUGGCGUCUCUAAAUUAAUUGAAAAUGAAGAAAUAGUUGAUCAAGUCUAUCAAAGAGUCGACAAACCUUUAGAAUUAGGAGUCUGUGAAACUAUUUUUAAUUAAAUUCUCUGAUGCAAAAGCCUUUUAUAUUAUUUUAGACAAGGAAUUUUCUACUAAAAAUUUUCGCCUUAUAAAUAAAUUGCCUACUAGCCACCGCCAGGUUUUGACAAGUUUACUUGUUUUCAAAUAUUUACGAGGCAAAAUAUCUCAAAAUUCAAUAAAAUUUUUCCCUGAAACUACAGGCAACCAAUUCAUCCUUUGUGAAUUCAAUCGUGAUGGUGACUCAUACAGGUCUCCUUAUAGUAACAACUACCAACCCCCUCUUCCAGACAGCCAUGGUCCAUCAGCCGAUCUCCGCCAAAUGGAAAUAAAAGCUAAUGACAUUUUUAGUGAAUAUCGAAAACUUUACUAUGAAGGAGGAACAGCUUCUGCUUACUUAUGGGACACAAAUCCUAAUGAGUUCGCUGGAGCUUUUCUUGUGAAAAAGGAUUUAGGACCUUCAGGGAUUGUAGAAAAAGGUGCAUGGGAGUCUACGAAUUUGGUGACUGUAAGAUUGUCGCCAGAAAGCAGAACAAUAACUUAUGUAAUAACAACGACUGUGUUUUUACAAAUUACAAUUAAUGGGAUUGUUUUUAAAAAAAUAAAAAAAUAUACUUUUUGGAAUAAAUAAUAUUAAGGAUUUUUAUAUUAAUUAGGAUUAGACAUAUAGAGUUAAAUAAGAAUAAUUAAGAUAAAUUUAUUAACUCCCCCCCCCCCCUCCGUGAGCGAACAAAAAAAUUUUUGUUCGCUCACGGAGGGGGGUUUAUUUUUUUUUUUAAAAAAAAAAUUAUAUAUAAAUUUUAUAAAAAAUAUUUUUUUCGAAAUUUAAAAAAAAUCCUAAUUUGCAAAAAUUGGGAAGCAAAUAUUAAUUUAAUUUGCAAAAUUUAUGUUUUAAAAACGCAAUUUGUUUAAAAUUAAACAGAAUUAGCUCUAGAUUUCAUUAUACUAAUUAUCACUUAUAUAUCAAAAUUUUUUUCCAUUAAAAUUUUUUCUAUUAAAAAAAUUUUUGUUCACUCACGGAGGGUGGGUUUUUGGUCAAAAAAUGGGCGAUUUUUCUAAUGGUUUUGUUCGCUCACGGAGGGGGGGGGGGGGAGUAAGAAAAAAAAAUAAUGGAUAAUUAAUGACCCAGUAGCUGGAAAAGUAGAAUUAAGUGGAAGCGUUUCAAGGCAGAACCAAGAGACCGCAGCUGCUAAUAGCAAUUUGUAUGCAGAUGCUCAUAUAUAUGGAAUGAUUUUUGCAGUUGAAAACAUGGAAAGUAAGCUAAGAAGCUCGAUUGAUAUGAUAUAUGUUGGAAAAACAAGUGAAAUUUUGGAUAAGACGAGAAAAGUGGAGCCAGAAGUAAGAAGCAGAUAUAAAUUAGCUUAA